AUGAUAAUUUCUGGUCGGGUUGGCACUCGAUUUGCUUCUUUGAUAAAAGCCGCACCCGAUAAGGAAAUUCCUGGACCAUUUAAACCACCCAACGUUUCCCAAGAACCCCCGCCCACAUUGCUGGCAAAUCAAGAAAAGGCUAAAACAAAACGCGAACUUUCUCCGGAACAACCGGAAGAUCCGAAAUCAGCUCGAAAUGAACAAACAGCGAGAAACGCCAAAUCAUCACGUGCUCCAUCGUUUGUUCCAGUUAGUGAGCCAGAACCACCUGUUACCCCUCCAGCAAAACGAAGUACGUUACGACCUCCAAUGUCUGCUGCUGCAUACCGCCUUGAAGCUGAUUCGUUGAAUAUUCUAAUGAAUCAGGUUCUGGAACAAAUGGAGAAAGGCCCAGUAAGCUUGAAUUUGGUAGCAAGAGUAAAGGCUCAUCCUAUGUACGACUCCAGACCCAUGGUUAAAGAGCUUUUGGAGAGUAUCAUGGCUGCUCAAUCUGAGCAAAUUCAACGUGAAACGAAGAAACUCGUUCAGCAGCAAAGCCAG